UGUGUGUCUGUGUGCGUGUGUGCACUCGUGUUUCUUACUUUGCAAGGUCCGAUGACAGGGAGCCCAGUCACGGUAUGGGGCCCAAAACCCUAAUGGGGCCCAAAAUGGUGGACCCCACUCCGAUUUUGAUCUAAUAUGGCUCUGGAGCCUCCCCUGAUAUGCCUCUUGCUUUUUUUUUACUUGGCCCACAAUGUGAUAAAUUAUGGGUAAAAGUGUAUAAGUGUGUGUGGAGAUUUUGCUCCAUAUCGCCCCCUACAGCUUGUCCUGCGCUAUCACCAAAGAUACACACUUCCGGAAGUGUGUAUCAUUUUAGCCAAUCAGACAUCGCCUUAAAUCUCGUAUGCCAGAUGGUCUCGCGAGAUUUGAUACAUGAACAUAUCAACACUGAACAUGCAGUGGCCUACAUACACCUGGCUCUGAACAACAGAGCCAUCAUGUUAAAAAGGAGGAAGAGGAUACGGCCUGCUGAUGACGCAGUGUCGUAUAUUCUGUCUUCAAGGGACAAGCCUCUGUUCAAAGAAAUCUUUAUUGAUAGUAACAAAGGAAGAGGAGUGUUUGCGAGUCAGCCCAUUGAACAGGGAGCUUUUGUCUUGGAGUACAGGGGUGAACUACUAUCAAAGGAAGAUUGCCAGUCUAGACAAUACUCUGAUAAACAGAGUACAUUCCUGUACGAGUUUCAAUGGCAGAAACGUCACUGGUGUAUCGAUGCAUCCAGAGAGGAUGGAUCCCUUGGAAGAUUAGUAAAUGACAACCACAAAUCUCCAAACUGCAUCAUGAAAAAAAUCAUAGUCAACGACAGGCCACAUUUGUGCUUAUUUGCUGUUAAGAAUAUUGAAGCGGGAACAGAAAUUGAUUACAACUAUGGUGAUUCACAAUGGCCGUGGCGUAAAAAGGUGACAAGCCACCAGACAGAGACGCUCCCUGUUGAUCAAACAUCCCAUGAGGAUUCAGACAUCGAUGCUGCUACCACACAGGUGACAAGCCACCAGACAGAGACGCUCCCUGUUGAUCAAACAUCCCAUGAGGAUUCAGACAUCGAUGCUGCUACCACACAGGUGUGUACUGUCAAAGGUGUUUCCCUUGUGGAUUAUCUGUUAACUGAUGAAACAGAUGAGGAUUGUAUCGAAGACCAACCUCUGACUCCACACUGUGAUGACAUUUUUGGAAAGCAGAGUAGGAGUGAAAACAUUCUGAUGGAUAGAGUAUCCGAUUUUUCUGAGCCUCUGUAUGAUUCAAAUGAGACUAAAGUGGAGGAAACCGAUGAAGAGGAUUCUAUAAUAGGCCAUUCCAGUGUGCAAGCAGAUGGGGAACUUGUUCCAAAGCUGAGAAGGACGAAAAGCAUUCUGAUGAACAGAUUUCCAGAUUUUUCUGAUGUGCUCUACGAUUCAAGUGAUGACAAUACAGAGGGCCCUUCCACUUCUAAGUCUGAAAAGGCUUCCCAAAGGCCAAGGAGAGACUGUUUUCAUUCUGUGAACAGAUUUCCAGAUGUUUCUGAUGCGCUCUACGAUUCAAGGGAUGACAAUACAGAGGGCCCUUCCACUUCUAAGUCUGAAAAGGCUACCCAAAGGCCGAGGAGAAGCUGUUUCCAUCCUAGACUGUUGACAUGGAGGAGUGUUUACAAGAGGACAUCGAAGAUGCCAGUAUGCCAGAAGCACUGGGGUCGGAAGAUGAUGUCAGUGUGACAUCCUUGCAAGAAGGUACCUCCACAAUGUACCCCCAAAACCAGAGGAGGUCGUCAAAAAAGAGAGAUGCCAGUAUGCAAGAAGCACAAGGGUCAGAUGAUGAGGUCAGUGUGACAUCCCUGCAACAAUGUACUUCCACAGUGAAUGCCCAAAAUCAGAGGAUGUUGGGAAAAAAGAGAGGUAAACAAACUGCUGCCAAACGAAGCUGGACACCAGAAGAAUGUGCUGCAGUGGAAAGGCAUUUGAGGAAAUGCAUCAUGACGAGCCAAGUUCCAAGGAAAACAGACUGUCAGCGCUGCAUUACUGCCGAACCUCAAGCCCUUGCAAAUAGAGACUGGAAAGCAGUUAAAUUCUUCAUCAAAAAUCGAAUUACUGCCCUGAGGAGAAGAAAACUAUAGUGACAGCGCUUCACUAAACGGGUAGAAACAUUAGGCUGGAGGGAGAACCCCUAAAAGUGUGCUCUUUCUCUAGUAAUUAGGGGUCCAAGCCCGAAGUGGCAUGGGAACCGCAUUUGCAAGGCAGUUCUAGUAGUUAUUGUUCUCCUUGUAUUCUUCUUGUGUUGUCCUGUUAGUUAUUUUUUGUCUUCAAUAUAAAAAGCUGAUCCAGACCAAUCCAUAAUAUUAACUUUUGAAGAAAAAGUUUAUAUAAAUGUUUUUUUUCCACUUUAAAUUUAAGUUUAAAUGGACGGAUAGUUCUUUAUACUUUUUAUUCUUAUA